GGAUUCCUCUUCAUUUGUUCCCUCCCUCGUCUCGCUCGUGUUCUGUUCUUUCUAAAUCAUCCUGCUAUUUCGCGACGUCACUCGACUACACCCUACACUACACUACACUAGACUUACACGAUUACCACUAUACUCUCCUCCACCAGCAGCCUCGGUCCCUUUUCUUCCCUCUUAUCGGUCCCACCACCGCCACUUGUUUUACCCCGCGCUAUCCGAAACUCCGUGUCUUCUCUCGUCCUUCGCUGCGCCGUCCAUCCCGCACACGCAUCCCUGACGCACCCCUCUCCUACCCUCAUAUAUCACCAAAAUCGACACUGUGGUGUACGCAUAGUUGACAAUGGGCAAGUCACAGUCGAAGCUCUCCCCCGCUCAGCUGGACGAACUCCAAAAGGCGACACAUUUCGAUAAGAAGGAACUGCAGCAAUGGUAUAAAGGCUUCCUCAAAGACUGCCCGUCGGGCACCCUCACCAAGGAAGAAUUUCAGAAGAUCUACCGCCAGUUCUUCCCCUUCGGCGACCCGUCCUCGUUCGCGAACUACGUGUUCCGGGUGUUCGACUCGGACAACAGCGGGAUGAUCGACUUCAAGGAGUUCAUCUGUGCCCUGUCGGUGACCUCCCGGGGCAAGAUGGAGGAUAAGCUGGACUGGGCGUUCCAGCUGUACGACAUCGACGGCGACGGGAAGAUCACGUACGAUGAGAUGUUGGCGAUCGUGGAGGCAAUCUAUAAGAUGGUGCGUUUGCCCCGCUCCCCCGGCCUUACCUGUACUCCUGGCACGGGCUGUUCCAUCCCUUCCUCGGAUUCAACCCCGUACCAUACCCUCCCGAACUGACGAACUUCCGGCCAAACAGGUCGGCUCGAUGGUCAAACUCCCCGAGGACGAAGACACCCCCGAGAAACGGGUGCGCAAGAUCUUCCGCAUGAUGGACAAGGACGAGAACGGGAGCCUGGACAUGGAGGAGUUCAAG